AUGGCUCCUCUUAAUAUCUUUUCAUGUAUCAUUUUGCUACUUAUAGUUCCUUAUGCGAACUCGAUUGCUUUCAGUUACCAAAAUUUCUAUCCGAAUAUUGGAGGAAUAUCAUAUCAAGGUGAUGCAUUUGCUUCCAAUGGAGUUCUCCAACUUACAAGAAAUCAGAUAGACAACAAUCUUACUUACAGUGGAGGUCGUGUUUCGUAUAUUCGUCCGGUUCAAAUUUGGGAUUCUCAGACCGGAAAAGUUGCAGACUUCACUUCUCGCUUUUCGUUUGUUGCCAAGGAUGUUCAGAAUGACUUAACAUCUUAUGGUGACGGACUAUCAUUUUUUCUCGCACCAGUUGGUUCUGAAAUCCCUCCGAAAUCAACUGGUGGGUACCUUUCGUUGUUUAGUCCUGAAACUGCAAUCAACGGGACGACACAGAAUCAGGUAGUCGCAGUUGAAUUCGACUCGUACAACAAUCUUUGGGAUCCAAACUAUGAUCAUGUGGGGAUCAAUAUUAACUCAAUUGCUUCUGCGGCAACUGUUCGAUGGACGAAUGAUAUUUACAACGGAGCCAUUGUAAAUGCUUGGGUGAAUUACGACUCUAAUGCCAAGAACUUGAGUGUUUUUGUAUCCGACGAUAAAAAUCCUUUCUUCACAGGGAUUUACAGUCUUUCAUAUACAGUUGAUCUCACAAAAGUACUGCCUGCAUGGGUUAGAAUAGGUUUCUCUGCUGCUACUGGUACAGCAGUUGAAACACAUAACAUACUCUCUUGGGAGUUCACUUCAACCUUAUGA